AGAACGCUAAACAAAUCUGCUGGUUCAGUGGCGCAAGAGACACCGUGUACAAUGGCCGUGUCGGUGAUAGCCGUGGUGGCACUGGCUGCCACCGUGCUUGGCGCGACCAUAGUGCCGUCAAGAAAUGAUCCCUUGGAGUUUUCGACAUGUGGCCGAGUGUGGGUGACUGUGCACUCCCCGGAGAUCAAACAGACGAGACAGCCCGACCUGAUUGACGCUUUGGAAGUCAACUGGGACUUCAGCAGCUGCUCGUCAAUACCAAAAAAUAUAGCUAUCUUCAAGAGUAGGCCAUUAGCCUGGAAAGAUGCGGAAUGGUUCCACUCCAUCAACACACCCCAGGGCUACAUCCUGACUGAUGUGACCCUGGGCGAAGGCGCUCUGCCCGGUGGCUGGCUCACGGGCCCUGGGCUCAAGGGGCCCCAUUGUCUGUGGCCCUGGGUGGCUGCUGGGGACGAUGAGAUACAGGCCUACAACUGCUUGAAGAUACAGCCAACUUGGAUGGAGGAUCAUACGGACAAGAUCGGCCACCUGCGUAUAGGCGAGCUGGCCAUCGCCGGGACCCACAACGCAGGCGCCUGGAGAUUCAACACAGAGAUCAGCAACCUGGCCCGGGACAGCUUUGUUCUAUGCCAGGACCGCUCCGUUUGGGCACAGCUCGUCCACGGCAUCAGAUACCUGGACUUCAGAAUCGCUUACUACGAGUUCUACCAGAAUGUGGACGAUAGAUACUGGCUGAACCAUAACUUAGUACGAGUCCGUCCGUUAGUACCGCUACUUAGAGAAAUAAGGAUUUUCUUAGACACAACUAAAGAGAUAGUUUUCCUGGAUGCCCACCAUUUCCCAAUGGGUUUCUAUGACCAGACAGGGGCUCCUUUGCAGCACGUGCACGCUGGGUUACUUGAGAUAAUCCAAAGAGAACUUGGGCCCCAUUUGGCAUUUGCUAAUGAUUUUGCCACAGGAGUUGGCACUAAAGGACCCACAGUCCAGACUUUACUUGACGCUGAUAAACGACUAGUCUUCAGCUACGUAGAUAAUAGUGUAGUAAAUCAAAACAAUUGGUUGUGGCCAGUUCUACCUCACCUGUGGGCGAAUACAAACAAUCCCACGCAACUGUUCGAGUACUUAGACCAAGCCAUCGCGAAUUCCCCGCAGCCCAACGCGCGGUCACCUUUACACUCCGCCAUGGCGCAGACGACUCCCACCAUAUUAGACAUAGUAUUCCUCCGAGGGUCUCUCAGACAAAACGCCGAUGCUGUCAACCGCAACGUCACGGCCCGUUUAGCGACCAAAUGGCGACAACAGGCCAACAUCGUGUCCACAGAUUUCUUUCUGGGCGACGACGUCAUAGACCUGUCCAUUGCUAUCAAUGUAGAAAGAGGUAGCCGAUUAUGACGUACCAAAUCGAGAUCAAGAAGCGGUGGUUUGAACGUCAAACAACGCAGUCGCUUCGCCGCCGCUAUCCGCCGCUCACCCUGGCUGCCCUUCCGCAGCGGAUUGAGGUCCUCGCGGGGUCCCUAUUUUCCACGUCUAUUUAUCUAAUCACAGAUUUCUUCCACGAUACGUCACUGCCAAGGGAUAACGUGAUGUGUAUAUAGUGAGAUAGAUUUAAGAAUUGUUAUUGUAUUAUAGACUCAAACUAGUCCAUCCCUGAGACAAUGUCUUUUGUAAAUAAUAUUUAUACUUGCGUAAUAUACAUAACUAUUUAUUGAAUAA